AUGGUCUCGUUGUCGUGCGACGACUCCUUUGGGCCAUAUGCUGGUGACUGUAGAGGCGGUUUCGACUUCACACUGCUUUUUGAGGAGUCCAUACUCACCAUACCCAUUACUGCCUUGGUACUUCUCGCUGCUCCGUGUCGAGUUCUGUACCUCUUGCACAAGAACAAAGUAAAGGUAGACAGCAGCCGCUGGCUGUACUCAUCGCAGAUCAGCUUUCUCAUCUCGUGGACUCGCCCUUCCGCAGUCGCCACCAAAGCCUCUCUUCCAACUGCUGCCCUGUCUUUCGUUACAUCAAUCAGCCUCUUGUGUCUAUCCUACGUCGAGCACGUCUAUUCAUACCGACCAUCAACAGUGCUCAUCCUCUUCCUACUCUUCUCUGCUCUUUUCGAUGCUACACGAACACGAACACUAUGGCUCCAAGGCUACAAUCGGCCCGCCGCCAUUACCGCGCUCAUCGCGACCGUGAUAAAGAUUGUCAUGCUCGCUGUUGAGGCAAUUGAGAAGCGUCGCUUCUUGCGGCCCCAGUACCGUGCUUUGCCCCCCGAAGUCACUGGUAGCGUCUUGUCGCACUGGUUCUUCUCUUGGCAGAUACCGCUGUUCCGCGCUGGCUAUUCUAAACACUUGGAGAUUGAGACGUUGUUUCCCCUCGAAAAACAUUUCAAGUCUCUAUAUCUUCAGCAGCUUUUGCAGACAGCGUGGGCUAAAGCAUCUAGAAAGGGCAACCAUGCUCUGAUGCUUACGGUCCUCAGGACCUUGAAGUGGCCUACUCUGUCCAUCAUCUUUCCACGUUUGUGCUUCAUCGGCUUUACCUUUUGCCAGCCAUUCCUCAUCUCAGCAACCCUCGAAUGGGCAGAGAACGACAGUGAUUCUGACGACAUGAACCAAGGAUAUGGUCUCAUAGGCGCAUGGUUUCUUGUGUUCAUGGGUCUAGCAGUGACGAGUGGCCAGUAUCAACACCUCACGUACCGCGCCAUCACCAUGGCACGCGGUCAACUCGUCUCGAUACUGUUCGACAAGGUUACAGAUAUCAGCAUCACAGCUGCUGACCCCAGCGCAGCCCUGACUCUGAUGAGUGCUGACAUUGAGAGAAUCGACACGGGUUGGCGCACCGCCCAUGACGUUUGGGCCAACUUGGUCGAGAUUGUUAUUGCAGUUUACCUGUUGGGACGCCAGCUCGGUAUUGCAUGUCUAAUUCCUGUAGGAGCAGCAAUUUUCUCCAUCGUCGGGUCUGUUAUCGCAGUCAGUUUCGUCAUGGCUCGUCAAGCCGCAUGGUUAGAGGCCAUCGAAAAGAGAAUCUCCGUUACCUCGCAGAUGCUAGGCAGCAUGAAGGGUGUCAAAAUGUGUGGACUGACCGACGUGCUCAGCACUCAUAUCCACGCCCUGCGAAACGACGAGCUACGCAUUUCCGGCAAAUUCCGUAGGUUGUUAAUCUGGAAUAUGGUCUUGGCCUACCUCGCUCCUAUCUUUGCUCCAGUCCUGACCUUUGCAACAUACAGUCUUGUCGCCCGGUCACGGGGAGGAGACAACAACCUGGACAUAAACCGCAUGUUUACAUCUUUAUCACUGUUUGCACUGCUGAACGAGCCUAUUUCUUCCUUUGUUACGUCGUUGUCUUCUCUAAUGGGGUCCGUCGGUAGCUUCGCGCGUAUACAAGCUUUCCUCAACACAGACAUUCGCGUUGACGACAGAAUUAUCUCACAUGGUAACAAGAGCGAACGUUCAUUGACCCCCAAGUCUUUACGCAGCGAGCAGGAGAAGGAUUCGGUUUCAUCCGAGAAAGAGCCUAACCUUCAGAAAGACUCGUUGUUUGUGAAUUCGUUGGACGGCAACUGUAUAGUUGUCAAGACAGGCGCAUUUGGUUAUGAUACAACCCAGAAACCCAUCCUCAGUGAUAUCACUGCCCAGGUUCCACUGGGGAAGCUCACUCUCGUCGUGGGGCCAGUAGGCAGUGGCAAAUCAACUCUCCUCAGAGCAUUUCUCGGAGAGGUGGCAGUCAUGGCCGGAUCUAUCCAAAUGAUGAAUUCAGAAAUCGCCUACUGUGACCAAACCCCCUGGCACAUGAACGGUACUGUGCGGGAUAGUAUCAUCGCCUUCUCGCACGUCGAUGAGCGUUGGUACCAAAAAGUCCUACAGGCUUGUUCUCUGACGGAAGAUCUCGCUCAACUACCCAAAGGAGAUCUCAGCACGAUAGGGAGUAAGGGCAUCGUCCUCAGCGGCGGCCAGAGCCAACGAGUCAGUCUAGCGAGAGCUGUCUACGCACAAAAGAGGAUCAUCAUCCUGGAUGAUGUCUUCAGUGGAUUAGAUAUGCACACUGAGAAUGCUGUCUUCCACAACCUACUCGGCACUCAAGGUCUCCUGCGACAGUUGAAUACAACCGUCGUCAUGGCGACUUCUCGUGCAAACCGACUUUCCUAUGCAGACCACAUCAUCAGCCUCGAUGGCACUGGUAUCGGCUGCGAGCAGGGAAACUUCGAUAAACUGACCAAUGAUGACAACUACGUGUCCCGCUUGGCCGUAGCAUCUGCGAACUGGACGUUUAACCAAGCAACUGCUUCCUCUACUUCUACCGAGCCCUCGGUUGAUGCGUUGGUGGAUUCAGAAGUAAUCCUCUCGGAUGAAGCCAGAGAUGACGCUGGUCGUCGCACUGGCGACAUGGCAAUAUACCUCUACUACAUCCGCGCCAUCGGCUGGAUUCCAAGCUUGAUAUUUGUCUUUGCUAUCUGCGCCUUCAUCGUCUGCCAGUCCUUCCCCACCAUCUGGCUCAACUGGUGGGCAGCUGCCAACGCAAAAGACCCUUUCGCACGGCUGGGCUACUACCUGGGCAUCUACGCAAUGCUGGGUGGACUGGCGAUUAUCUUCCUAGUCCUCAGCACUUGGCAGAUGAUUGUCACCAUGGUGCCGUUGUCGGGCAACAGCUUCCACCAGAGUCUGCUAAAGACGGUACUCAACGCGCCCAUGUCCUUCUUCGCCGCUACAGAUGCUGGCGUCACCAUCAACCGCUUCAGCCAGGAUCUGCAGCUCGUCGAUAUGGACUUGCCUCUCUCAGCGCUCAAUACAUUUGCCACAUUCGUGCUGUGCAUCGCUGAGAUGGUUCUGAUCUCUGUUGGUUCAUACUACACAGCCAUCGCGUUUCCGUUUCUGUUUGCCGCCUUGUGGAUGGUCCAACAUACGUAUCUGCGGACAUCUCGACAGCUCAGAUUCAUGGAUCUUGAGGCUAAGAGCCCAUUGUAUGCCCUCUUCACGGAAUCUGUCGCUGGACUGGCGACGCUGCGUGCAUUUGGCUGGCGUGAUGCAGUCGAGAAGAAGCAUCAUGACCUCCUGGAUCGGUCUCAGAGGCCGUUCUAUCUUCUCUACGCCGCUCAGAGAUGGCUGACUCUUGUUCUCGACUUGUUUGUCACAGUCAUUGCUGUACUGGUCGUGGUACUUGUCACACAGUUGAGAGGUGUACUGCCGACUGGGUUGAUCGGCGUGGCCCUUGUCAACAUUAUCCAGUUUAGUCAGCACUUGAAGCUGCUGAUGACAUUCUGGACGACCUUGGAGACACACAUUGGUGCAAUAUCUAGGAUCAAGUCCUUCACAUCCGAUACUGCUUCAGAGCAUGAGCCGCAGGAAAAGGAGCAGCCGCCGUCUAUAUGGCCGUCCAAGGGCCAGAUUGUUUUCGACAAUGUUUCUGCCGGAUACACGUGCGUUCAACGUGACCCAAAACUCACAACCAGUUGCUGACCGGUUUGCUUGUAGGCCAUCUGAAAAUGUCUUGAAAUGUAUAUCCUUAUCGAUCGAGGCAGGUCAGAAAAUUGGUAUUUGUGGACGAACUGGAAGCGGCAAGAGCUCCAUGGUCUCAUGUCUUUUCCGCAUGGUGGACCUUCACGGUGGUCAAAUUAUCGUAGACGGGCUCGACAUCAGCACACUUCCCCGCGAAGAAGUUCGCGCUCGAAUAGUCGGCGUGCCUCAAGAUGCAUUUAUCAUCGAAGGAAGCAGCGUGAGGUUGAAUGCGGACCCUGCUCAAGGACUCUCAGAUGCUGCCAUUGAAGACGCCAUGAGAGCCGUUGAGCUGUGGGACAUCAUAGCUGAGAAAGGCGGACUUGAUGCGCCUAUUGAAACGCUGCACCUUUCCCAUGGCCAGAAGCAGCUAUUCUGCAUUGCACGCGCUAUCCUGCGCCCUUCGCCCAUUGUGAUUCUCGAUGAAGCUACCAGCAGCGUUGACUCGCAUGUUGAUGGGCUUGUGCAGCGUGUUAUACGCGAGCGGUUUGAGAAUCGCACAGUGAUUGCAAUUGUGCACAAGCUCCAGUCAGCCCUUGAAGACUUUGAUAUGGUAGCUGUGCUUGAUAAAGGUGAACUGCUUGAGUUUGGACCUCCGCGACAGCUUCUGGAAGAGGGACCUGAAAACUCUGCAUUUGCUGCUCUGUAUAAGAGCCUGGGUACGGGAGACAAGGAAGCACCGCAGGAAUGAUUUAUAAUUAGAUUCCAUUAGAAACGUUUGAUAAAACAUGGCACGGCUUUUCUUGGGCUCCAUCAAAGGGAUUCUGAGGCUGGAGCAAUAUACUUCUUCCGGUCUUCACAGUUUUUACUAGAUGGGUUGGCUUAGAGCUUCAACUGUGAUUACGC